AUGCACCCGUCAUUCCACGUGUCGCUUCUUCGUCCUUACACCGAUCCCAACGCCACCUUCUCGGGCCGUGACCGCACUCCACUGCCGGUAGCUGUUGACACCGACGAGCCCGACUUCCAGAUCCAGCGCAUCCUCAGGCACCGUCGCCGUCUCCAGGGGGGUGUCCCUUUCAUCGACUUCUUGGUUCGUUGGCGUGGUUAUGACGCAGCAGACGACAGCUGGGUUCCUUCGUCCUCGCUGUCUCCCGACAACGCUUGCCUCCAAGCGUACCUCCAGUCUGCAGGCGCCGCGGACGUCGCCUCCUUGGGAGGGGGGUACGAGGACUCGCUAGCAGCAGCGGGCGGCCCGCAGUACGAGGACUCGCUAGCAGCAGCGGGCGGCCCGCAGUAUCUGGAGCACCUCAACCUGCCGCCCUCCUGCGCGCCCAUCUACCUCUUCCUCCUCGCCAGGCACGGAGCUAGGGAGCCCACCAAGCGUCGUGUGCACCAGUUGAACGAGCUCGCGCCCAAGCUCAGACGCACCUUUGCUGCUGCCAGCAUUGCUGCCUCUAGAAAAUCUGUUGCUGCCGCUGCACCUGUCCCUCCAGAUUCCUCUACCUCUGCAGCCACAUCUGCAGCAGCUGGGUCGUCUUGGAGCCUCCGCCUCACACAGUGGAUGAGAGGGUACCGGUCGCCAUGGGAGGGCAUGCAGGGGGGAGGCGAGCUGCUGACUGAGGGCGAGGAGGAGCUGUAUCGCAUGGGCGGGCGGUUCAGGAGGCGCUUUCCCUCACUGCUUGGGGGCGUGUAUCACAGCAAGGCGGUGAAACUGUUCUCCACGCAGGGAAGGCGAGCUGGUGAAGGGCAGGUGAGCAGGUGCAGGAGGGCGAGGAGAGCUGUACCGCAUGGGUGGGCGGUUCAAGAGGCGCUUUCCCUCUCUGCUUGGGGGCGUGUAUCACAGCAAGGCGGUGAAACUGUUCUCCACGCAGGUCGCCCGUUCAGCAGCCAGUGCAGUCGCGUUCGCCAUUGUCCUCCUAGAGAACUCCGGCUCCCUCACGCGCGCGCGCCUCAACCUCUUCCAAGGUCAUGCCUAUCUCCUCCAUCCCUCUUUCGGCCAUCCCAUUCCUCUCCCCACCCACCCGCACCCCAUCAGGUAGCGCGCGCAGCAGCCAGUGCAGUCGCCUUCGCCAUCGGCCUCCUAGAGGGCUCUGGCUCUCUCACGCCCGCGCGCCUCCGCGCCUUCCCGGUGAUUUCCGAAACCCAGGAAGGCGACACGAAGCUUCGUUUCCACAACCUGUGCGGCGCGUACGUGGCUGUGAAGGAGAACGCACAGGGGCGGCUGGAUGAAGGGUGGGAGGAUUUAUGGGGGGAAAUUGCCCAGGAUAUUAACAAACAGCUUGGGCUAGUCUCUGAAUCACCCGAGGCACAAAAGAGAGAGGAGGGGGUGCGAGGGGAGGUUGCAGGAGAUGGGAAUGAACAGUUGGGGUUGGGGUAUGAUGAGGGGUUGGUGGGGAAUGGAAUGGACGGUCAGGAUGCGGCGCUGGAGGCCGCUGGUGUUGAUCUGACGGCGUAUGAUGUGAGUGGGCUGUGGCUGCAGUGCAAGCACGAGGCAGGGGUUCUGCUGAGAGGAGGGGGGGGUGAGGGGAGAGAAGGAGCGGACGAGGGUGAUCACCAGGUCUCGGCCUCCCGCGCGUGUGGCCUGUUCUCGGCGCGCCACCUGGCGGUGCUGGAGUGGAUUGAUGACGUGGACACGUUCAUGCAGAAGGGGUAUGGGCGGGAGAUUAACUACCACAUGGGUCUAAACCUGCUGCAGGAACUAAGCGAGAAAAUGGUCAAUGCGCGGCUUAGGAGGCUCUGGGAGGAAGGGCGCUUGGGGGCGGCAGCAGAUGGGGUGGGGGAAGGGGGAGUUGGGAGCGGUGGGGUGGGUGGGAAGGAGGAGAAGGAAGAGGGGAAGGUGGGGAAGGAAGGGAAGGAGGGGGAAGGGAGGGUAGGGAAGAAGGGGAAGAAGGGGAAGAAAGGGAAGAAGGAGAAGGAGGGGUGGAGGGAUGGGGUGAGGGAGAGGGCUGCUUUGCACUUUGGUCAUGCAGAGACAGUCAUUCCGUUUGCAUGCCUCCUGGGACUGUACAAACCAGACUCCCCUACUGAGGCUGCCAAUAACAAGGACACACGUGAACACCAGAAGCCCGAUGAGCAGCAGCAGCAGCAGCAGCAGCAGCAGAAGGAAGAAAACCGCAGUGACAAGUACGACGUGCUAAUGGCGAAGGUGGUCGCUACAAUCACACAGCAGUUCGCCCCACCGGUGCCUCUGCCGCCCGCCCCUCCAUUGCACCGGCGAUGGCAGGCCAGCCAAAUCGCACCCUAUGCUGCCAACACGGCUGUCAUCCUCUUCAGGUGCGUGCCGCAGGUAACUAGAUUCGAUGGUUAA